AUAGAGUUUUACUGCAUAGGACAUCAUCGACUGUUCUGCGGAACAUUUUGAUUGCGGUCGAUGUGCAGUAAGUAUCCAAAUAUUUCUGUACUUUUUUGAAAGCGCGUUUUUUGUUUAAGCUUAUUUGAGAGGCAGCGUUUCAUUUAUAUUGAAUUGACCAUGUUCUCGUAAGAAUAAAAUAAAUUAAAGAAUGGGGAGAACAGAAAAUCGACCUAUAAUGGAGCGGCCAUUGUACCACAGAAAGCACGAGAAAAAGAGCAUUUCUAAGCUUGCUGGGAUAGCAAGUAACUCCACUUGCCUGACUUGCAGUUGAAGACCAGUAUAUAGCAGUCUAAAUUGACUGUGCCACUGACGGACGAGAGGCUGGCAACCCCCAUGGACGUAUAGAAAACCCAAGCUUCCUGCUGCAGGAAUGGACUCCUCCGCCCUCUACUUGUGCUCCAGCUGCUGCCAGAUCUUCGACUCUCUGGAGGUGGUGGCUUCCCAUCAGCUCACCUGCCAACCCGUCGACGCAGCGCCACCUGCAGCGUGGGCUAAGAGCCCUGGAGUGGCACUUUACACUCCACAUGAACCUGCUCAGCACCACCUGAGAGCCCAAAAGACAGUUAGCUCCAGGCUUCAUCUAGGAUCUUCCCUGUUCAAGUCCAACGGCGCCCAGACCCAGAUCCAGAACAGCCCGGCCCUGCUCAUCCGCUACCAGUGUCGGGAAUGUGAGACCUUGUUUGAGUCCCUAGGACUGUGGCAGAAGCACAGCAAGCUGGGGAGCUGUUCAACAGCCACUGGGUCAGAACUGGUGGACCAGGAUGUUGGUGCUGACUGUCGUUCUGAGAUAAUCAACGAGAAGGGGAGAGAGGGAUGGCGCGAUGGAGGGAGAAGGGGGACAGUAGAGGUGAAGGGGGACAGAGAAAGGGAAGACGAGAUUGACGAAGGAGGAGGCACGGAACGUGAACAUAGCGCAGAGACACGCUUGGAAUCCGAAACAAACUCAGACUCCCAGAAGGCCCCCUCUACCACUCCCAUGCCUAUCAACCCCGUUACCUUUAGUUCCAAUCCAGUUGCUUCCUCCUUUGGCCAGACCUUCUUCUGUGCGGCCUGUGGCUCCGGCUUUAGCACUGAGGCGUUGCUGGUCUUGCACCGCACGACCACCCAUGGCCUGGUGGGGGCGCUACACCACUGUGAGGUGUGUGGGGAGGGCUUUAUGAACACCACCAAGUACCUCUACCACCGCAAGCAGCACCGCAUGGAUCCGAACAAACCUAGGCCUCUUUUCCAGCUCGGAAGGAUCAAUGCUGUGCUGAGUGAUGGAGUCAAGAUCCCGACCGGUCCACCCGUCACCCUGGCCACCACCACCCCCGACCGCGGUCCUUCCCGGCCCACGCCCGACCCCCCUCUCGGGCCGCGCCCGCAGUGCGGGAACUGCGGGAACGCCCACAUCCGGGCCCACGCCGGGCUCGCACCCUUUAAGUGCGACCUGUGCCCCAAGGCGCUAGCCGACAACAGCAACAUGGCGAGCCACCGCUUCGCCCACAGCGCCCGCAAGCGCUACACCUGCCUGCGUUGCGGCAAGAGCUACACGCAGUUGGGCACGCUGAAGAACCACCACGUGCUCCACGAGCGCCGGGACGCUUUGAGCCGAGGUGGUGAACGGUUGGAGGGGGGAGUCGAGGAGGAGGGGAUGAAGAAGUACCCUCCGUUUUUUAGAUACAAAUGCCCAGAUUGUCCGCGCUGCUUCCGGAGGUACUCCCAGGUGCCGGUUCACAGGUACUCUCACACGGGAAGGUGUCCAUUCACCUGCUCCGUCUGUGGUGACCACUUCUUCCACAAGAGCAGGCUGAAACGACAUGCCCUCACACACCAAGGAGAUGCGGACACAGGUCCGGCGGCGAAGGGAACGUGCCGGGGUAGAGGUCGUGGUUGGGGUCGAGGCAGACGGCGUGAGGGCGCCGGGCUUCUGGAGUGUGAGUUCUGCCGUCACCGCUGUGUCACAAAGGAAGGCCUGGACCUGCACAGGCUCUCGCACACUGGACAGACCCCCCUGCGGUGCCCCGUGAACCUCUGCAGGCGCCGCUACGCCGCGGCCGCCGGACUGAAGAAGCACCUAAUCACCCACUGUCCAGCACCCGGAGACACGGUGGCCACCGCUGACCGCCCUAAGCCCCGCCCCUUCCACUGCCACCACUGUGGGAAGGAUUUCACCACUGGCUCAUCGCUCAGCGUCCACAUCAGGGUCCACACAGGGGAGAGGCCCUUUCAGUGCGCCCAAUGUGGCAAGCGCUUCCGGCAGAUCCCUCACCUGCGCGACCACGAGCGCCUGCACAGCGGCGAGCGGCCCUUCGUCUGCGGCGUCUGUGGUAAGAGCUUCGUCCUGGCCGCCCGUCUUGCCGAGCACGCCCGCACGCACAGCGGCGACAAACCCUUCUCGUGCUCGGCGUGCCACCGGGCCUUCCGAUCCCUCUCCAACCUGGGCAAGCACCGCAAGACCCCCCUCUGCCGGCCCCCUCCCCCCGCACAGCCACCGAAGGACCAGGGGGUAACGGACCACGUGGGGGGUCAGUCGGGGUUGGGUACGAUCUUACUGGUACAGCCCCAAACAGUCUCUCAGGAAGGGUGUCCACUCCCCCUUCAUUCUUCCCCGCCCACACCCCUUGUCCUCCUUCACCCCUCCAUCGCCGCUGGUGACGAGCCAUGCGUCCUGCAGCACGCCAUCGAGGUCAUCGUGGAGCAGGCUGCUGAGUAGAGGGCGAAAGGACAGUGAUCUUGUCUGUACUGAACUGUUCCGUUUUGGGGGGCUGGAGUCGGUUUGUACUAUGAUCCAAAUGAAUACGUCAAAACACACUUUUUCAUAGUGUAAAACCAUGAGGUCUGUUUUUUUUCCAGGAUGUGCUACUGUAUUCCAUUAAAACCACUAGAGCUUACUGUA